AUGUGUAACGGGUCGAAGAAGGGAUUUGUUAGUCGUACAUCUUGUUGCUUCGUGAGAUUGUCAGCAUGGCCCCAGGACAGGCUACCACCGCCACGUUUCCGCAACAGUUGCUCGCAGGUAUGCGGCGUUGCGGGAAUCUCUGAAGUAUCCACUAGAUGUGGUCAAGACAAGACUACAGCUUCAACGGAGCACGAGCGGAACCGUGGUUUACUCAAGCAUGAUAGACUGUUUCCGCAAGAUAGCAAAGCAAGAAGGUGUCGGCCGCUUCUACCGAGGAAUUCUAGCCCCGGUCUUAAUGGAGACCCCCAAGAGGCCCCAACGAAAUUCACCGCAAAUGACUCUUGGGCCAAGUUCUACGCCGACGUGUUCAACACCCAGCGUCGAGACCAGAAGCUCGCCAUCCUCACUGGCGCAAGUGCCGGCGCCACAGAAUCCAUAGUCGUCGUGCCGUUCGAACUAGUCAAGAUACGACUUCAGGACAAAUCUUCUGCAGCAAGGUACAAAGGCGUUCUAGACUGUGCUGUCAAGAUCGUUCGCGAGUCUGGACCCUUGGGUCUAUACCAAGGCUUUGAGAGCACCGUGUGGAGACACAUUGUCUGGAACGCUGGAUACUUUGGGUGUAUCUUUCAAGUGCGCUCUCUUCUUCCGACGGCUGAGGCGAAGAAGGAUACCAUGGUGAAUGACCUAAUUGCUGGGUCUGUAGGCGGGACGGUUGGAACGCUGCUCAACACGCCGUUCGACGUGGUCAAGAGCCGGAUUCAGAGCAGCACUGGUGCGAAAGAGACUCUGCCUUGGGUUUGGUCCGGUAUGAUAAAAGUUUACAGGGAGGAGGGAGUUGUGGCGUUGUACAAGGGGCUUGUGCCAAAGGUUGUGCGUUUUGCACCUGGAGGGGGGAUCAUGUUGGUCGUGUACUCCUUCAUGAUUGACUUGCUCACAUCGGGAGAGUGA